ACGAGGCCUCGCUCGCCUCUGCCGACCGGGAGGUCGGCCGCACAGGCGCAGUCUCUUCUAGUUGUAGACGCAGCUGUUCUGCCACGCGUGUAAAUAACAGAUGCGGGUGAAAGAACCUUCCAAAGCUUUGCCUGAGAAAGCCAAAAGGAGGAAAAGACCUGCUAUACCUCGUGAUGAAGACUCUUCAGACGACAUUGCUGUAGGUUUCACUUGCCAGCAUGUAAGUCAUGCUGUCAGUGUGAAUCAUGUGAAGAAAGCAAUAGCUGAGAAUGUGUGGUCAGUUUGCUCGGACUGUUUAAAAGAAAGAAAAUUCUGUGAUGGGCAGCCAGUACUUCCCUCUGACAUAUGGUUGUGCCUCAAGUGUGGUUUUCAGGGAUGUGGUAGAAACUCAGAAAGCCAACAUUCACUAAAGCACUACAAGAGUUGGAGAACAGAAUCUCAUUGUGUUACAAUUAGUCUGAGCACAUGGAUUAUAUGGUGUUAUGAAUGUGAUGAAAAAUUAUCAACACAGUGUAAUAAGAAGGUUUUGGCCCAAACAGUUGAUUUUCUCCAGAAGCAUGUUUCUAAAACACAAACAAGUGCAUUUUCUAGAAUCCUAAAACUUUGUGAGGAAAAAUGUGAAACAGGUGAAAAAAAGAAGGGAAGAAAAGGCAGCAGUGUACCGUCUGUGAAAGGAAUUUCAAAUUUAGGAAAUACUUGCUUUUUUAAUGCAGUCAUGCAGAACUUGGCACAAUCUUACAUUCUUAUGGAACUGAUGAAUGAGAACAAAGAAAAUGGGACAAAACUCAAGAUUUUUCCUUCCCCAGACUCUCAGCUGGACCCAUUAAUAGUGGAACUUUCAAGCCCUGGAACAUUGACCUCAGCCUUGUUGGUGUUUCUUCACAGCAUGAAGGAGACUGAAAAAGGACCACUUUCUCCUAAAGUUCUUUUUAAUCAGCUUUGUCAGAAGGCCCCCCGAUUUAAAAGUUUCCAGCAACAGGACAGUCAGGAGCUUCUGCAUUAUUUGCUGGAUGCAGUGAGGACAGAAGAAACAAAGAGAAUACAAGCUAGCAUUCUAAAAGCAUUUAACAACCCAACUACUAAAACUGCUGAUGAUGAUACUAGAAAAAAAGUCAAAGCGUAUGGAAGAGAAGGUGUGAAAAUGAACUUCAUAGAUCGGAUCUUUAUUGGUGAAUUAACUAGCACAGUCAUGUGUGAAGAAUGUGCAAAUAUCUCCUCUGUGAACGAUCCCUUUAUUGAUAUUUCACUUCCUAUAAUAGAAGAAAGGGUUUCAAAACCGGUACUUUUGGGAAGAAUGAGUAAAUAUAGAAGUUCGCAGGCGACAGAUAAUGAUCAGUACAGUGACACUGUUACUAUAGAAAAUACUUCUGAACCCAGAGCCACCAAGAACCAGUCUUCAUCUAAAGAUAAGAAUCACCUAGUUCAUGGCAGAAAAUGUGUAAGAAAAUUGUCAUCUGGAGAAGAUAGAGCAGUCGUCAUAUGCCAGAAAAAUGAGCACCUUGAGAUGAACGGGGAUUCCUCAGCAUUUGCAAGCAUCACGAAUACCAAGUCGGCUCUGACUGAAAGCCCCACCGAUGGCAGUGAGAAAGAGGCCAGCCGUUCUGAAAGUAGCGCUGAUGCAGACAGCGAGGCUUCAGAAUCCGAAAGUGCUUCUGAGCAGGCUAUGUUGUUGAGGUCUAGCCGUGGAUGCUGUGUGCGCCCGCAUGCCCCCUCUCCCCAGCCGCCAGCAGCUGGACCACCCACCAGGGAGCCUGGCACUGGUGACAGGGGAGUGGCUGAAGCUAUUUCCGAACUUCAUCUGAGCCGCCCUGUAACUGGAGAUAGAGAUUUUGAUAGAGAAAAUAAGCCACCAAGUGUUCCAAAUAGUUUAUGUUCUUCAGAGGAGAAACAUAUGCUGUCUCCUCGCCCCCCAAAUGCUUUUCAGACCCUUUCUCAGAGCUAUGUAACUACUUCUAAAGAAUGCUCACUUCAGUCCUGUCUCUACCAGUUUACAUCUGUGGAAUUACUAAUGGGGAAUAACAAGCUUCUGUGUGAGAAUUGUGCUGAAAAGAAGCAGAGGUACCAAAAGGAAACCGGUUCCCCAGAAAAGAAAGCAGAAGUUUAUACUAAUGCCAGGAAGCAAUUGCUCAUUUCUGCUGUUCCAGCUAUCCUAAUUCUCCAUCUUAAAAGAUUCCAUCAGGCUGGCUUGAGUCUUCGAAAAGUAAACAGACAUGUAGAUUUUCCACUUAUACUUGAUUUAGCACCAUUCUGUUCUGCUACUUGUAAGAAUGUAAGUGUGGGAGAUAAAGUUCUCUAUGGUCUCUAUGGCGUAGUGGAACAUAGUGGCUCAAUGAGGGGAGGUCACUACACGGCUUAUGUGAAAGUGAGAACACCCUCCAGGAAAUUAUUGGAGCAUAUCACUGGAAAGACAUAUGUACCUGGUUUGAAAGAACCUGACAGUGAAUCAACAGGCCAGUGGGUCCAUGUUAGUGACACUUACGUGCAGGUGGUUCCAGAAUCAAGAGCACUUAGUGCACAAGCGUACCUUCUUUUUUAUGAAAGAAUAUUAUAAUUGUCUGUUAAUAAUUAGUGAUAAUGAUGAUUUAGAUCGCUUUUGUUUAAAUGCUGCAACAAUAACCAUAAUAUGUAA